AUGGAACCCAGGAACACAUCCACCGUCACAGAGUUCCACCUUCUUGGCUUUCAGAAUCUCUCAGCCCAACAGGCCCUGCUGUUCCCUGUGUUCGUCAUCAUGUACCUCCUGUCUGUCACCGGGAACCUGACCAUCAUCGUGUUCGUAAGCCAGAAUCCUUGGCUCAGCACCCCAAUGUACACCUUCCUGAAACACCUCUCUUUCCUGUUGUUCUGGUGCACCACGACUUUCGCUGUCAUGCUCCUGACCUGCCUGCUGUCUUGGAGAUGGGCCAUCUCUUUCCCAGCCUGCAUGACACUACUCUACUUCUUUGUCUUCUUUGGGGCCAUGGAAUGCUUCCUGCUGACCACGAUGGCCUAUGACCAUUACCUGGCUAUCUGUAACCCUCUCCACUACACCACCUUGAUGUGCCCGGGAGCCUGCAUGAAAUAUUUGGUGGGGUCCUGGGUGGCUGGAGUCUGGACCUCCCUCGUUCCCUCUUUGAUGAACCUCAAGUUGAGGUUCUGUGGGUGCAACCAUAUCGAUCACUUCUUCGGUGACAUCCUUCCCCAAAUACAGCUCUCAUGCUCCAGCAGGGCCACUUCAGAGAAGGUCAUGUCCAUUGUGGAGCCAUGUAUCUGUUUCCUCCUGACUUUGUUCUCCUACAACUUCAUUGUGUCCAACGUUUUGAAGAUCCCCUCUGCAUCGGGCCAGAGGAAGACCUUUUCCACCUGCAGUUCCCACUUGGCUGUGGUCGCCAUCUACAACAGGACCAUCAUCUCCAGGUAUGUCUGGCCCAACGCCUACCUGUUGCCCCAUCUCAACAAGGUCAUCUCCGUGUUCUAUUCGGUGAUGACCCCACUGCUCAACCCCAUCGUUUAUAGCUUGAGGAACAGGGACUUCAAAGAGCUCCUGAAGAAGGUCUUCAAGAGGAAUAGUGGCAUCUAA